CCUAUGGGUUUAGCGCUCCCAUGAUACUAAUAAUUUAGUCGCAUUUACUGACAUUUUAUAAUAUAGACAUUGACACUGGGAGAUGUGUAUGAUGAGGAAUGUAUAUAGACAUCCACAGAUGUACAAGACCCAUUUGCACAGCAGUGUACAUAGGCGGGGCCAGGAGCUGUGGCUCGACCCCUGUAACCACAAAUAGGUAAUUAAUGAUGGCAAGUGAUAGCGACAUUUCUGAUGACGCGCUCCUGUCACAGGCUUUACCAACAACAAGAAUUCCAGACAACUUCAAUCCAUCACUGCCCCCAACUUCUGCAGAGGAGUAUCUUCAGCAUGUGGUAUGGGAGGCCAGGCAGUGCAAGGAGGUUGUUACAGUUGAUGUAGACAGAAAGAAACUGAAGAAACCAGGAAGCAUUAUUAAGAAACAAGUUAAAGCAACUGCUCCAUAUGGUUAUGCACCAUCUUCAGAGACUCAGCAGGAGCUGUUAGCUGCAUUUUCUAAGCUACGAGCACAAAUUGCAAAUUUAAGAUCAUCAAAACAAAUUCCCAAGUCGCCUGUUUCUUUGCCAGGUCUUAAAAAUCACCAAGAGUGGUGUAAGCUGUGUUUUGGCAACAGUUUUCAGCUGGCUUUAUUGAAGAAGGCCAAUAGAGAUACCACCCAACCUCCACUUGUAGAGGGCCAGGAACCUCUCCUGAGCAUUGUCCUCAAUAUUCAACAGAGAGGCCUUCAGAACCUGUUGGAAUGGCAUGCCCAGUGGCUGGAAGUGCUAGGUUUUUCGGAGGCUCAGGGACGCUGGUUUUAUGCUCUUCUUGCAUGCCUGGAGAAGCCCCUCAUACCAGAGAGCUGUUCUCAGAUUCGACACAUUGCUAGAAUGUGUGCACAAAUCAGGUCAUCUUUGGUAAGUUUGGUUUUAAAUACAGUAUAGCCCUCAAUUAAAGCUAGAUCCUGUUGCAUCAAACUUGUGGUUCACAACAUAUUUUGACUUUACUCAAGUGAUAACAACACACAAAUAACCUGCACACAGGAAAGAAGAGCUUAAAACGACAUUUUGGUCCGACUUGGACCACUUACAAAAUGUCUUUGUAAAUGGUCCAAAUUGGAACGAAAUGUCGUCAUAAACUCUCUCCUGUGUGUGGGUUAUUUGUGUAUUUUUCCAGUCACAGAAUUGUGCCUUUUUGUUCUUCAUGAUAUUUCAUGUAAAGAAAAAGACUUCAGUAAGCACAAUUUUUUUUUUUUUUAUGUACAAAGAGUUUCAUGCAGUGAUGAUGAUUACGUACGUACUCUAUACAGCCUCUCCUCACUUAGCGACGUACUGUACUCAUUUACCGAUGACUCGGACUUAUGAUGGGCUCUCUGCCCAGUAUGCAUACCUAAAUAAUGUAUAUUAGAGCUUCUUUCCUCUA